GGCCUUCCCACAAGUCGUUCAAGAUCAAGAUGAAACUUGCCAAGGCGGCCCGGGUCAACCGACCCCUGCCCCAGUGGACCCGCUUCAAAACCGGUAGCACCAUCCGCUACAACGCGAAGCGUCGUCGCUGGCGCCAGACCAAGCUCGGCCUAACAUCCAUCGAAUCAACACUUUAUCAGUUGUGCAAGUGUGAGAAGCGGGAAGCGAGAAGCAAAAGAGAGGGAGAGAGAGGGAGAGAGAGAGAGAGAGCGAGAGAGAGCGAGAGAGAGAGUGAAUUGGUUUGGUCGGCAUCUCUUGAGUCGGCCCCUACAGCCCGACGUCGCCGGGAGGCGAGCGCUCGCGUGGCGCGAGCUCGGCACGAGCGGAGUCUUGGUGCUCUCGCGACCAAUCCUCAUCCGCCCGCAGCCAUGGAGGGCGAUGUGUCUGACACUCGCUCGCCGCCCACAGACCGAACUCUAAGCGCGGCAUGCCCCAAACAACUCAUUCUUGAUAGAUGGAAAGACCAAGGGCCGGUUCAUCAGUGCGUGCCUUUGGAGUGGCACCAACAGCAAAUGCAAGAGGUCCAAAGCCAACUCGACGCACUGCGGCAGGAGCUCGUGAACCAAACUCAGCGCAUGAAUGAGCAUUUUGAGGCGGCUGUGCGUCGGCUGCUUGACCAUCAGCAAAAGCAGCACCAGCAGGCGCAACAACAGCUGCUCCGCCAGCACCAAGAGACCCUCCACCAGAUUCAGGCUCAGCAGAAGCCGCGUCGUCAAGUCAAACCCCACGACCCCUUGCUCGCCGCAGUUGCCUCUCCCACAGCCCUUCACCGAAAAACGGACGUCAAUCCCGCACGCCGCUCCGCCACCGCAUCGCCCGCGCCACCACCGCAGGGAAGUCAUCCCAACGGUGCUGCAGUCAGCGGGUCCUCAGGUCCACUGCUGCAUGCCAAACGCCCUCUGACGAAAAAGCCCAAGAGCGAACCUGUGACUCUGGAAGCUGCGCCUCGCACCAAGACUCCGAAAACCUCCAAGCAACUCAUUCAGGCAGGGGCAGCUGCGCCCCCCGCCAAAGUGCACAGGCCCGCCGCUAAUGGGGGCAACGGUGCAGCCGCUGUGGUCAAGCAGCCCUCAGCUAGCCCUUCUGCUUCCACAUCGCCCCCGCUGCCCUUGUCCAAGCCCACACGCAAGGAACCUUCUGAUUCCAGAGAUGUCAAAGUCUCGACUGAAUCCAAGAUGGCGGUAGCCGAGAAUUCCAAGGAUGCUAGCACUGGCCAAGCUGCGCCGUCAGCUGCAAACACGACGCGUGAGGUUGAUCCAUCUGCGGGCCAGAACCGAGCGCUGGCUUCCAAGAAAAAUGGCGAGCACAGCCGAAGCCACAAAAUGCGCCCCGCCACAGGCGUGCCUGCCGGCAGCGAAGUAGCUCAAUUGCGCACCUUUAUUCAAGCCCAACCGACGGAUCCGCUUUCUGUCUUGCUGCAGCAGUGUCUGGACGGUGAAGCUGAGUUGACUGAAGUAGAGUUUCGGCCUGCUCUCGACGCAGAGGGCGUCCGUCUGCUCUGUUAUGCCGCUGCCUGUCACACAGGUGUAGAGGUUCUCUCCCUGAGCAACAACCAACUCAAGAACGACGGGGCCAAGGUCGUUGCCGUAGCUCUGGCCAAUGGAUGGCCUCUUACUGGCCUCAGGUUAGGACCUCAUUUGCUGCCCCAGCGCGACUUGGGGCACCCACAGCCUGCCACACCUGCGUGCGGCAUGGACAAAUUGUGCGACCAGUGGAAGGUUCUCACUUUUCUUGAUAUCAUGAUGCCCAGCCUGGCUUCAAAUAGCAUUAAAGCCGAGGGGAUUGCAGAGUUGGCUAUGGCGCUGCGGGAAAACGUUCAUUUAGAAGAACUGAUGUAA